GAAAAGAAAAUUUUGGAUAUGAUCUUGCAGCAUUAAUUCUACAAAUAGGCCGUGAUCAUGGUGUUCCACCUUAUACUGUAUGGCGAGAAUAUUGUGGUGGUAGUAAGAUUCAAUCAUUUAAUGAUUUAUUGGAUGAUUUAAUCGGUGGAAUAGAGUUGAUAGAAGAAUUAGCAAAAAUGUAUAAAACAGUGGACGAUAUGGAUUUAUUCUUACUUGGUCUAGCUGAGAAACCAUCUCAAGGAGCACUUCUUGGGCCAACAUUUAGUUGUAUCGUUUCAUUGCAAUUUCAAAAGACAAAAGAAGGUGAUCGCUAUUGGUAUGAAAAUGAUUUAGCACAAUCAGGUUUUACAAAAGAGCAGUUAACUGAAAUUCGUAAAACAACAAUGGCCAAAAUAUUAUGUAAUAAUGUGGAAUAUUUUGACGUAUUACAACCAAAUUUAUUUGAAUUAUCAAAUGAUUAUGACAAUUAUCCGAUUUAUUGUAAUGAAACAUUACGAAUUGAUAUGGAUAUUAAUAAAUGGCUUGAUGAUUUAAAUGAUAAGAUCGAAAUGCCUCUAACGGAAGAAACAAUUGAGAGAGAAAUUGAAAUUGCUAUAAAAGAAAUUAAACAACGUCGUAAACGUGAACGACGAAAUAUUCGAAAAAAUCAAGAUUUGUUUAAAGCUGGCGAUCCGUUAUUGUCGUACGCUAAAAUGAUGCAACCAAAAGAUGUAGCUGUUGCAAUCUCUCGAGCAUCUGAUGUAUUUCUACAGGCUACCAAGAAU